AUGAUCCACACCUUCUCGAACGGCGGUACCAACUCAGCAACGCAGCUGCUUAUUGUGUUGCAAAGGCAGCUCGGUUAUGCACUGCCUGUCACUGGGAUCUUAUGCGACAGCGGGCCCGCGCGUGGCACAUACACGAAAUCCUUUCAAUCGAUGCUGCUUUCACUGCCAAAGGGUCUGCUCUGGCGAAUCAUCGGGCCUAUCGCUAUCAUGUUUGUUAUCAACGUUCUCUUCGGUUCUCAGCUUAUUGGAUGGGAGAAGCCCGAGACAAUUUAUCGAAGGACACUACUGGAUCGAAAUUUGAUAAACUGUAGGAGGAUAUGUUACGUCUUCUCGAAAGCUGACACGCAUGUUGACUGGGAUGACAUUGCGAGCCAUGCAGAUGAUGCUCGACGCAAGAGCUGGGAUGUCAGGGAGCUUGAGUUCGAUGAGUACUUUGAAGCAAUGCGCAGGAUCUGGGAGGGUGGCGCCCUGGAGCCUGGCCCGAAGACGUUGAUGUGA